AUACUAUUAUUUCCAAAUCCAAGGUGGCUGCGCCCUUUAAUAGAAAAUGUGAUGAAACCUUCAGAAACCGUAUCAUCCAAAGUAAAUUAAGAUUAAACUUCAGGAAGAAUUAUGAUGAUUUGUAGGAGAUUAUCUUACUCGAUAAAUCGCGCGCUCUUUCAAAACAUUAGACGGAGGACAUCGUCAUCUUUCAGUCGGCCAAAUCACCAAUGGGUAAAACCGAAAGUAGUCCUGGGUAUCGAAACAAGCUGUGAUGACACAGGUGCAGCAGUCGUUGACACGGAUGGCCAAAUCCUUGGAGAGGCUUUGUAUUCCCAAACUAAAAUACACAUAGAUUAUGGGGGAAUUAAUCCUCGUACAGCCCAGUCCCUACAUAGAGAGCAGAUAGAAAAUGUGGUGAAUACGGCCUUAAAAAGAUCAGGAAAAUCAUUGCAGGAAUUGGAUGCAGUAGCCGUCACUGUAGAACCAGGUUUGUCCAUCUGUCUGGGGGUCGGAGUGGGUUAUGCCAAGGAACUAGUGGCACAGAGUGGGUUACCAAUGAUCCCCAUACAUCACAUGCAGGCUCACGCUUUAACUGCUAGAAUGUUAGAAAAAAUUGAGUUUCCUUUCCUGGUAUUACUGAUAAGUGGUGGACACAGCAUUCUCACUGUAGCACAAGAUGUCAGCCAGUUUCUCUUGAUUGGGAAUGGCCUUGACACAUCGCCGGGUGAUUGUCUGGAAAAGGUUGCUAGGAAACUGAAUUUAAAGUCUCUCCUGCAAUGUGAGAAUCUGAAUGGGGGUGCUGCAGUAGAGCUCCUGGCAAGGGGAGGCGACCCCAGUAAGGUUCCCUUUUCUGUUGCCUUGCUUAAACAACCCAGCUGUAAUUUCUCCUUUUCUGGACUCCGAACUCAAGCAGAGUAUAUGAUUGAAGAUCAGCAAAAACUGGAAGGAAUCUCAGAGGAUGGAGUGAUCAGUGGUCUGUCAGAUUUCUGUGCUUCCUUGCAGUACUGUAUUGCCUUCCAAAUCUGUCGCAGACUUCAAAGGGCCUUUGCCUAUUGCCAAAUGAAAGAUUUAUUGCCAAGUAAUCCCACAUUGGUAGUAUCAGGGGGUGUGGCCAGUAACCAGUACAUAAGACAGUGUCUACAGCAGGUGUGUGGGGAAAAUUCUGCCAGACUAAUCUGUCCCCCUCCUAAACUCUGUACAGACAAUGGCAUCAUGAUCGCAUGGAAUGGGGUUGAGAAACUCAAAGUUGGACAAGGGAUUUCAAAAGAUCCACAGUCUGAGCCAUACAGAGCUAGGAGCCUGAUAGGAGAAGACAUAACAGAUGACGUGACGAGACUUGGACUGAAAAUUCCUCCCCUCAAACUGAAGAUUCAGCCAUAACUUUGUAGAACUAGUCGUCUUGUUUUCUUAUUGGUUAGGAAGAAAAUGUGUGAAUCCAGGCUUCAGUUAAACUUUUCUUCCCAACAUGAAGUUACAUCCGAUCAAGGAUGAAGGACCCUCUGAAAUUUACAUAAACAUGUCAGGAAAAAAAAAAAAAAAAUGAAAAUAAUGUUCUCUUCUUUUAAAAAAAAAAUGCCAGAUUUUGCUUUUAGGGUGCAUUACAAUGCCAGAAAACAUUCAGUUACUGUGAUUACUGUGUCAUUUGUAUAA